AUGCCAGAAACUCAAGGAAAGGUUAAACUGGUGAAAGAUUUAAACCAAUUUAAGAAAAUAAUCAAAAGUGUAAAAGACGUCUUAAUUGUAGUGGAUUUCUGCGCGAGUUGGUGUGUUCCAUGUAAUACGAUUUCUCCACAAAUUCGACAACUCGCUGAAAAUAUGCAACACAACGUUCUAUUUUUGGAAAUUGAUGUUGAACAGAACGAAGAAGUAUCUGAAAAGUAUGAAAUACGAAGCUUACCAACUUUUCUAUUUUUCAAAAAUGGUGUUAAAAUUAACCAAUUUAGCGGGGCCAGUAUGGAAAAGCUGCAGCAACUAAUCAAUCAACAUACAUAG